AUGUCGCUCUGCUGUCGUCGACGCUCUGCUUUAACUCUAGGCAGUGCCGGGCAGUGGGGUUCGUGCCAGGAGCGUCUCCGCGUGACAGAGGCAUCUUUGAAAGCAGCAGAGGAGAGGCGGCAAGCUGCGGAAGCCCAGCUAAAGGCUGCCAAGGCCACCGAGGAGGCCCUGCAAGAACGUGUCAGCGGUCUUCAGCGCUCGCUCCAAGCUGCGAGGGGCAAGAGGCAAAAUCGCGUGAAUGGGAUCGUGGCCAAGUCUCGGGCCGUGCUCGACUGGGUUGCCGAAGAAGAUGCGAAAGACGAAGACGACAAGUCCACUGCGUCCGCGACCAGUGCUACAGGACCGGACACAUCCGCACCAUCCAAGCAGACCGCCACCGUCACCAGUGUUCCAGGACCAACUUCGAGCGACGUGUCGUCACUGUUCGGGGAGAGCACUCAAGGAGUUGGUGGUGCCUCUUCCGUUUUCGAGCAGAAGACGGCCAAUACUCCAGGAGCAACAGCCGACCCGUCUGCUGCAUUCACGGCCAGUGCUGCAGGACCGGACACGGCUGCGCUCUUCGAGCAGGCUGCCGGCAAUGCUCCAGGACCCACUUCAAGCGAUGUGUCGUCAUUGUUCGGGGAGAGCACUCAAG